CACGAAACUUCCUCCUCCCGCUCUCUCUCAUCUUCCCGUUGUGCUCUCUCUCCUAUAAAAACCCUCCGCUCUUCCAAUUCUCAGUACUCCCUCCACCAACCCGAUCUCCACAGCCAGCGAGAACAAGGAAAGAAAGAUGAGCUACCAGGAGCCCCCAGUCGGCGUCCCUCCUCCCCAAGGAUAUCCGCCGAAGGGGCACGUGAAGGACGCCAACCCGCCGCCGGGGCAUCCGCCGGCGGGGUACGCAAAGGGCUACCCUCCGCCAUACGCUCAGGCGCCUCCCCAGCAGCACCGCUGCUACUGUGAGCCCAACUUCGUCGGAGAAUGCGUGUCGGCGCUGUGUUUCUGCUGCCUUUCUGCUCCCUGCUUUUGAGACGGUGCGAUCAAUGGUAGCAAGACGAGAGAUGAAAAUUUGGCUAGAGGCAAAUCCAUAUUUAAUCUGGAAGGCGCGACCGACGUUUAAGACUUCAGAAAGACUUAGAUAUUGUUGUUGCUAUACGAGUCUAUAACUUCUGCUCUGCCAGGGGCUUGUUAUGGAGGCAAAUUUGUACAUGUAUGAUUCUAGUUUGAGUGGAAUUAUUGUUCACAACCAACCUUCGAUGCAUGAUGCCUAGAAAAUUGAUUUUUU